AGUAAGAGACCUGGCGGCAAGGGCCACCUCCCGUCACCUGUCGGUCAGUCUCCCUCCUUCCGCCAACUCGGAGCAGCGGCGGUGACGUCGGCCUGUAGCGUUUCUGGUCCGUGAAGCGGCAGCGGCGGCCGGGAUGGUGUUGCUAGGCUUAUUGCAGGCGGGUGGGUCCGUGUGGGACAGGCGAUGGAGAAGGUGACCGGCGGCAAUCUCCUGUCUACGUUGCUGAUCGCCUCCGCAUUCACCCUUAGCCUGGUUUACCUGCUCCGCCUAGCCAUCGGCCACCUGGCCCCGCUGCCGGUCGGGGAGAAAUAUCCACCGUACAUUUAUUCCCCAAUUCCAUUCCUUGGGCAUGCCAUAGAAUUUGGGAAAAGUCCAAUUGAAUUCCUUGAAAAUGCAUACGAGAAGUAUGGACCUGUAUUUAGUUUUACCAUGGUGGGCAAGAAGUUUACUUACCUUCUGGGGAGUGAUGCUGCUGCACUGCUUUUUAAUAGUAAAAAUGAAGACCUGAAUGCAGAAGAUGUCUACGGUUCGUUGACGACACCUGUGUUUGGGAAGGGCGUCGCAUAUGAUGUGCCUAAUUCGGUUUUCUUGGAACAGAAGAAAAUAUUAAAAAGUGGCCUUAACAUAGUCCACUUUAGACAGCAUGUUUCUAUAAUUGAAAAAGAAACACAGGAAUUCUUUCAACGUUGGGGAGAAUGUGGCGAAAAAAAUUUGCUUGAAGCUCUUUCUGAGCUCAUCAUUUUAACAGCCAGUCAUUGUUUACAUGGAAAGGAAAUCAGAAGUCAACUCAAUGAGAAGAUGGCACAGCUGUAUGCGGAUUUGGAUGGAGGCUUUAGCCACGCAGCCUGGCUGUUGCCAGGGUGGCUGCCUUUGCCUAGUUUCAGACGCAGGGACAGAGCUCAUCGAGAGAUCAAGAGUAUUUUCUAUAAGGCAAUCCAGAAACGCAGACAGUCAGAAGAAAAAAUUGAUGAUAUUCUCCAAACUUUAUUAGAGUCUACAUACAAGGAUGGACGCCCUUUGACAGAUGAUGAAAUAGCAGGGAUGCUUAUUGGACUGCUCCUGGCGGGACAGCAUACAUCCUCAACCACUAGUGCCUGGAUGGGCUUCUUCUUGGCCCGAGACAAAACACUUCAAGAAAAAUGUUAUUUAGAACAGAAAAAAGUUUGUGGGGAAGACCUGCCUCCUUUAACUUAUGACCAGCUCAAGGAUCUAAAUAUACUUGAUCGCUGUAUAAAAGAAACAUUAAGACUCAGACCUCCCAUAAUGACUAUGAUGAGAUUGGCCAGAACUCCUCAGACUGUGGCAGGGUAUACUAUUCCUCCAGGACAUCAAGUGUGUGUUUCUCCUACUGUCAAUCAAAGACUUAAAGACUCAUGGGUAGACCCUCUGGACUUUAAUCCUGACCGCUACUUACAGGAUAACCCAGCAUCAGGAGAGAAGUUUGCCUAUGUGCCAUUUGGAGCUGGGCGUCAUCGUUGCAUUGGGGAAAAUUUUGCCUAUGUUCAAAUUAAGACAAUUUGGUCCACUAUGCUUCGUUUAUACGAAUUUGAUCUUGUUGAUGGAUAUUUUCCCACUGUGAAUUAUACAACCAUGAUUCACACCCCUGAAAACGCAGUUAUCCGUUACAAACGAAGAUCCUAAUGAAAGAGGCUGCAAGGAGCUAAUGGCGGAUGAAUCGUGAGCUGCAAAAAGCAUUGGAAGAAAAUGAAGUCUGUGAAACAACUCUCAUAGUAUACUUGUGUUUCUGAGUGUGAUUCUAAAAGACAGCCAGUGUAACUUAAGAUUGUAGUGUUUUAUUAACUGAAUGGUUCUAUGGAAAUCUAAUAGCAUUUAACACACUUUCUAACACACUUUUUGAUACUGCUGUGCUUUGAAGAAGCCAAAAUAAUCGUUUAGUGGGAUCAAGAUAAUUGGCAGAGUCUAAAUGAUACAUUUUCUAAGUGUUAAUUUCAGAGCAUAUUAGCUCUUGGCAAGUAAGUUCAGGGUAUCAAAUCUUAGACUACUUCUACGAGGUAUAAAAAGCCCAGUAACAUAUUUGGAAGCCAUGGGUUCAUUUAUCUGGGCAAUGUGUUAUGUGUGGUUAGGAUGGGGGGAAUAGGGAAUAGACUCACAUCUAAAGCUUUGGAUAAAAGAGAAUACCUAUUGUUUUGGUGUGAUGAUACUUGACAAUGAUGGUCCAUGUUUUAGAAAAGUACAACCUUUGGAAUUUUAAGUAGAAGCACAACCUAUAAGAAAUUGAGAGAUCUAGAACUCUGAUUUUGAUGAUAUUUCCUAAAAAUAUUAUGAGUACUAAAGACUGCUCAUGUAUAUCAAUCUAAUUACUAAAUAUUACAUAUUUGUUUGAUAAAUAUGUGUAUAUUUCCCUAAGGUUAAAUUUGCGUGAAAAUCCAAAAUACAGUACUUAAGAGUUUCUCUUCUUUGGCUCAAGGUUGUACCCUGCUUCCUCUCCAGAGUCCCAAAUAGGGAUGUUUCUGUUAUUAGUUGUUAAGUAAUAUGUUUCUGCUUUUAAUAUAAAAUCUGAGAUCAGGGACUUUGACUUUUAAGGUAUUUUUAAGAUGUGAAACAGGGUCUUUGGCAAUACCAUCAUUUGUAACAUUCUACAAAGCCUGUGUUCAGGAACCAACAAUUCCAAUUAUAACUGAGGGCUUAACUAUAUGAGAUACCUGUAAUGGACUCAUGUUCUGUAUUUAGUAGAUGGGGCCAAAAUAUUUCCCCUUCUGUACUUUACAGUUCUGUUUAAGAGGCCAGAAGACUCACGUUAAACUCUAACAAAGGCAAAAUCUCUGCUGAUGGACAGUUUCUCAUAUUAAAAUUGCUUGAACCAGUC